UUUCAAAAUUGAUUGUGUCGACACCAAACAACCAGUUGUCCCUGCUGCUUGUAGCUCCAGGUAGACUCCACCACAUCUACCACACGGUGCAGACGACGACUCCAGACCCUUACAAGUUUAUACAAACACAACAACAAUGCCCCUGGACCUUCAAUCCAUCAAGAGCGUCAUCGAAGCAUCGAUUGAGGAUCUCGUUCGCGUUGCCGAUACGAAAAUAAACUGGAACAACGCCGCGUCCACAUCAGCUUCCAAAAAAGGGUACGUGUACCUUCCUGGGGUGUACGUAUGGGAAGCCGACAAGUCGUCGACGGCGCAACCGACGCCCCCUGCCUCGUGCCCGCCUUCCGCUCGGACCACUGAGGACAUUCACGAUGCCAACAAUCAGCCACUGCAUUCCAGUAUUUACCCCCUUAACGACGACCACGACGACCAUGACAGUGGAGGGGUCAUCGACCACUUUCCAAAACCGCCGGCAUCCAGUCUUCCGGACGAUGCCCCCCCCGAUGACGAGGGGCUGGCGGACUGCGUACCCCCCGUGGAGGAUGCCGAUGGAACCCCGUUGUCGCCGGACCUGUCGACGCCGUGUCCCACACCACAUCCCCCCGUCGUGGACAACUCGGUGGCGGCAUUCUUAAUGAACGACGACGACAUUGCCAGCAUCGGGUACACGCUGGUCCUUCACGGAGACAAUACAUUCGAGUACGUGUGGAAGCAGAAGAAGACCGGCACCCGACCUAUGGAGCACAAGGUCGAGCUCACCGGGCGGUGGCACACGCCGGUGCUCAACCGCGAUCGAUACGGCGAGCGCGACCAGCGAGUGUUUCUGGACACUGCCCGCGCCCGGUUUCAGCGGGUGGCCAACUACGGUACAGCACUAUUUGAUGGCAGAAAGGACCACACGAUUGUGUGUUUGCAUGCAAGGGGCGAAAGGGGGAUAUUUAUUUUCGGGGCUUGGUUGAUUUACAAUGUUGGGGGGGGGUGAUUGUGUGACGAUGUGACGACGUAUUCAGUUAUGUGUAUGUGUGGGAGCACCGUAUAUCCUUUUCGGUCUCUUGCUCGACAUAUAUUAACGUAUAUAUAUUUAUAUAUAUAUAUUGUAUAUAUGCACUUAUCUUUUUCAAAUACUAAAAUGUAAAUAUGUGCAUGACCAUGUGUUACAUGUCGUUGUUUCGACCCUAUGGUGAACGCAGCUUCAAUGUCGGCCACAAUCAUUACAAUGUGAACGCUAUACAAUCAAGCCUGUCCAUAUACAUGUGUGUCUUUCAUGACAAAUGUUUCAGCGGUUGUCGUUUUUUUGUCGUGUACUUCUCUGCAAUUCCAUUUGCACCAGUUCCAUCCCUUGGGUAGACCCGACCACGAACGGGUGGAAGCAAACACUCCGCACACUCACGCGAAACGGCGACGACUGGGUCGUCUGCGGCGAGAACGACCGCGGCCUUCCCCCCGUGCGCAUGGUGUUCAACGUCCUCGACAACCAUGUGAUCGAAAGCAUCGGCGCGCAGUUCCCCCGAGAUAUCAUCUCCAACGCCAUCCCAAGCCGAGUGCUCGCGGGGCUGACCAAGAAGGCUGGCACAAAGCUCGGCGCGCCCAUCGACGUCAUGACGGACAAGUGGCUGCCGUGCCGCAAACUGUGCCUUCUGCCAGUGUCGUCCCGCCCAGACAUUGUCGUCAAAACGUUCAACCCCCUCCUCUGCCUCGCGGCGGCGCUAAAGCAACGCCGACAGCCGAACCGCCCCGUCACCGUCGCCCAUCGCUAAGAGCUUGAAGCGUCCCCUAACGUUACAUGUACACUGUAGAAAAACACUAUGGACUCGUCGACACACAUAUACAUAUUGUGAAUUCGUCGAAUCAAUAUUGAAUCACGCGGGAGUUUUGAUUGGUUGAAUAUACUUGUCCUUUCUGUAAGGGCC